UUUCGAUUUAAAAUUGCGCAGACGCAUCAUAGCUAUGUAAGAGAAGAAGAAGAUUUUGGGAGGAAACGAACAAGAAACGAAUUUACAAAUUAUUGUGUUUCACUUUUAAAGGAGACUGUAAAAAAUAAAAAUGGCGAAUUUACCAGCGAAAGUAACUGCGUUAGCGAAAACUCUUUUAGAACAGGCAAAGCCCAAACUACAAGUUUUUCAAGCUUAUGCCAAAGUGGAAUUAGUACCACCGAAACCAUCAGAAUUACCUGCAGUGAAAAAAGGCAUUGCAGAUCUUAUUAAUGCUGCUAAAUCUGGUCGUUAUAAAGAAUUAACUGUGCGUGAGGCUUGGCUCAAUACUUUAGUUGCGAUAGAAGUAUAUUGUUGGUUUUAUAUAGGUGAAUGUAUUGGAAAACGUCAUAUUGUUGGAUAUAAAGUGUAAGCUGCAACUAAUUUACCUAUAUUUAGAUAAUUAUGUAUAGAUGAUGAACAACAUCAUAAAUAUAUGAAAAUGCAAGAGAUAAUUUAAAUAA